AUGUUAAGUAGCUACAAGUAUCUACUACUAAUAAGUCUACAACUAAUACUGGCUGUUGUAGCCGAAGAUUUCUUUCAACAAGUACCACAUCCACAACUUAAUUAUGAAUCACUUGGAGACAGAAUAGGUUUAUUUGGUUCAUUCAACGCGUUGUCAUUCUAUUCAUUUGUAAAUGCAUCUUCAUUUAUACAGCAACAACAACAAAAUACCACCACCAGAAACUCUAAGAGAGAUGAUGAAGAACCAAGUAACGGUUUAUACGUUCAAGAUAUAACCAGCAAUAAUAGCAAAAGAUUUGCCGACUUAAAUGGAGAUAUAUACCAAUUAGAUUCCUUAUCAGAUGAAACUAUUGUCAUAAAUGGGAAUUUCACCACUUUCAAUAACCAAUCAGUAGUACCACCAAUCAUUUACAAUAUUACGUCAAACAGUAUAACCCCAAUCUUCAAAGAUAAGCCAACUGGAUCUGUCAAAACGCUUUAUGUCGACAAUAAUCUUAUCUAUUUAGGAGGAGAUUUUGAAUAUAAUAACAAUACAGGGGCAGCAAUUUACGACCAUUCUAAAAAUGGUUUAUACUUAACCCCAUUCCAAGGAUUCGGGGACGGUGCAGUAGUUAAUUCUAUUGCAAAAAUUGGAGGCGAUGGAAAAUCUGAUCAAGGAUCUAUUAUCUUUGGUGGGAAAUUUGAUACUUUAGGAUUAUCUGAUUUGCUUGUUCACAAUAUUACUGGAAAUGCUAAUAGUACCACCAACCAAACUGAUACAUCCAUCAUCACGGCUGAACAAAUGAUUUCUCUUAGACAAGGACAUUUCACAUCUGUAAAUGGAGCUGCUGGUAAUAAUGAUGGAUCACUUAUCUGCCCUGCUUUGAAUCCUGUAUGGUCUGCUUUACCUGAUAGUGGAGCAGAAUGGACAGUUCAAUUACCUAGUGAAAUGAUAAAUACUUCCCCAACUAAAGUUCGUAUUUAUAUACCCGAUAGUACUGAUGGAACAUCGUUGUUUAGACUUUAUACUCUUCCAAAUGAUGGUAUUAUGAACCUUACCUAUAUUGAUCCUGCCACUAAUGAAAUGAAAUUCUGUGAUGCUUCAUGUCCUUUAUCUAGUUUUACAAAUUUGAAAUCUGCAGUUGAAUCCAAUAUAAAAAAUGCCGAUAAUUUAAAUGAAGAUGAUGUAUAUGUUGAUGAAAAUGAUGGAACAUAUUUCAAAUACUAUGAACCAACUACUAAAACGAAGACAUUGGGUUAUGGAUCUAAUUUCCAAGAAUUUGCACUCGUGAAUGAAGUUGGUAUUGACUCUGCUCGUAUCACAAUAAUUGAUUGGUAUGGAAAUCAAGCCUUAUUAGGAGGUGUUCAAUUUUAUCUGAACUCAAUUACCGUUUUUGGUGACAAUGUCUUAAAUGAACCUAAUUGUGAUGGUGAAUUUAAUGCUGAAACUACAAACUAUGCAACGAUUAAUUCUGGUGAUUUCAAAUCAAUUCGUGAUAUUAGUCCUGGUAAUGCUGCAAUUCAAAGAAAUUAUUUAGUUGCUCAAGAUACUAGUGCUAAACUCACCUUGUAUCCAAAUAUUACCUAUUCCGGAGAUUAUUCACUUCUUUUCUAUACGCCAGGUUGUACUUUUGAUAACUCUUGUGCUCAAAGAUCAGUUGUGAAUGUUAGUGUCAUUGAUAAUGAAAAUAAAAUCUUAAGUUCCACAAUGAUAUCUCAAAAUAAUAAUGAAGAUAAAUUUGAUUAUUUAUUUGACGGACAUAUUGAGGGUAGUGAUGUAGGAAAUGGUAAAGCUAGAAUUGAAAUUUCAUUCAAUAGUGAAAUUACUCCAGGUACUGCUGCCCCAUGGGUUGUCGUUGAAAAAGCCGUUGCCAAUAUUAUUUCAUUGGAUAAUUAUUCUGAAUCAAAUCUGACUAGUUCUAGUAGAAGAAGAAAUAACAAUGGAUUGGAAUAUAUUGAAAUUAAUGGAUUGUUUGAAUAUUCAUUAGGUAAUUUUACAAAUUUUGAUGAACUGUUAGUACAUUACAAGAGUGGGAAUAACGAUAUUAUUAGUUUGAAUAAUACAUUUGUUGGAAAUUCAUCAAUUAAUGUCUUGAGUGGGCAAUUAUCAACUGAUACUACAAUUGAACAAGUAACUUUCCAAGAUGAUUCUUUGCUUAUAUUAGGGGAUUUGAAGUCAGGUAGUGAAAAUUUAACCUUAACUAAUAGUAAUUUAGUUAGAUUGACGGUUGAUUCUUAUGGCGAUAAUCAAACAAAGAUUGAUUUACCUACUAGAUUAAGAAAAAGAGAUGAUCAAAUUAUUCUUGGUGGAACUUUUAAUAAUUCAAUUAGUAGAUUGGUUGAUAUUAAUGAUGGCGUUUUGGCAAUUGGUCAAUUUAGUCUUCAAUCAGAUUCAAUGGAAAAUUUAGCAACAGGAACAUCAAUUAAUCAAUCUAAUAACUUCGCCAUCUAUUCUAAAGAUAAAUGGUAUGGAUUUGGGAAUGAAUAUGUCAAUGCAGAUUUCACCAACUUCGCCAAUGUGACCUUAAACAAGAUUGAAUAUUACGUAUUUUCAACUAGUGAUGGCAGUGUUUUCAAAACUUGGGAUAAUACAAAUUCAGAAUGGGUAGAAGACACAAAUCAACAAUUGAGUUUGACUCAAGCUAUUAAGAUAUCAGAAACUCAACAAAUCCUUGGUGGAUCCUCAUUUGAAAGUAUGAAUUUCUAUAAUAUUGAUCAAGCAUAUAUCUCAAAUGCUACUUUUAAUGCGUUUGGAAUAGAUAUUCCUGUUAAAAAUGAUGAUUUCUCAAUCAGUUGUUCAUUCUACGUUAAUGAAUCAAUGAGUGUCGUUGGUGGAAGAUUUGAAACUGAAAAUGAAACAACUACAAAUAUCGGAUUUAUAAGUAAUACAUCUCCCAACAAUACAAUAGUUCCUUUGAAUGGUGAUAUAAAUUGGGGGAAUACAACGAUUCAAGCAUUAUAUGUUGAUAGUAAUUAUGAUUAUUUGUUUAUUGGAGUCAGCGGACAAGUUGAAUUGACAUCUAGUAAUGUAACUGGACUUGUUGUUUAUGAUUUGAAGAAUAAUACAUUUGCCUCGUUCCAACCAGCGGCACUUUCAACCAGUAACAAUGACCAGAUUGAAAUUAAUUCGUUGGUAUUUUAUGAUAAAGGUAACAGUUUAUUAGUUGGUGGAAGAUUUGAUCAGGCUGGUUCAUUACCUUGUCCUUCAUUGUGUAUUUAUGAUAUCACCAAUACUAGAUGGUUAGCUCCCCAAGCACAAGUUGAACAAACACCCGUGGAUGUGAAUGGAACUGUUACUGAUAUGAGAUUCUACCAAUCUGAUCAAGUAUUAAUUGGUGGGAACUCAUUGUCAAUGAAUAAUACUGAAUAUGAUUUCAUUACUUAUAAUUUCGAUACUGGUGCUUUUAACACUAAAGAUACUUUGAAUAGUUUGGGUAAACCAAUAGAUAGUUUUGUUAUCAGUGAUAUUUCAAAUAGUAAUUUGAAUGGAAGAAUGGUUGCAUAUGGUUCAGAUUUUGUUUCUGGAUUUGAUGGUAGUGAAUGGAAACGAAUUGAUGAUGCAAUUGAUUAUUCUAAAGUUACCCAAUUUAAUGAUUUGAAAUUAUUGCCUGUUUCAACUGCCAGAUCUAAUAAUGAUACAUAUUUCGAUAAGAAUCAAAUACUUGCUCUUGCUGGUACAUUUACACUCAAAAAUUAUGGUCUUGUUAAUAUGGCAUUAUAUAAUGGUACCACCUGGAUUCCUUAUGUUUUCACAGCCACCAAUGAUAAUUUCAUCGGAGAUAUUAAAUCUAUAUUGAUAGAUGACAAUUAUAGAUUUCAAUCGUCGAAAGAUUUGACCAGUUUGGAUAAUUUCUUAUCAAGAGGUAAAGUUGUUGGGAUUUCAUUAGCUUGUGCCGUGGGUGCAACUGCUGCAUUAGGAUUGUUGUUUGUUAUUCCAUAUUUUGCGUUUUUCAGAAGAAAGAAUAAUCGAGAUUAUAGUGUGGCAUCUAAGAGGAUUCAAGAACAAGAAAUGAUGCAAACCAUUAAACCGGAGGAUUUAUUACAUGAAAUUGAUUUACAGAGACAUCAUUAA